CCGGAGCGAGGCCGGAGCCGCGAGGAGCGCGAGGGGCCUCCGCCGCCAUGGGGGGCCGCCCGUCCCCACCGCCCCCCGCCCCCCUCCAGCUCUUCCUCCUCCUCCUCCUCCUCCUCGCCCCCUCCCCAGCGUCCACCACGACCCCUGAGGACCUCCUGGUCUCCACCUCCUCCGGCGCCGUCCGCGGCUUCCACGUCCCCGCCGGCCCCUCCUCGCUCGCCGCCGCCUUUUUGGGGAUCCCCUACGCCGAGCCCCCCUUGGGACCCCUUCGCUCCGCCCCGCCCCGCCCCGCCCGGCCUUGGGGAGGGGUCCUGGACGCCCUCUCCCACCCGCACGCCUGCUUCCAGCCCGUGGACACCAUGUUCCCCGGCUUCGGCGGCUCCGAGAUGUGGAACCCCAACCGCGAGAUGAGCGAGGAUUGCUUGUACCUCAACAUCUGGGCGCCGGCGCCGCGCCCCAAAACGCCGGCGCCGGUUCUGGUGUGGAUUUACGGCGGCGGCUUCUACAGCGGCGCCGCCUCGCUGGACGUCUACGACGGGCGGUUCCUGGCGGCGGCCGAGGGCGUUCUGGUGGUCUCCAUGAAUUACCGCGUGGGAGCUUUGGGGUUUUUGGCUUUGCCGGGUCACCCCGAAGCUCCGGGGAACGUCGGGUUGCUCGACCAGCGGUUGGCGUUGCGUUGGGUCCAAGCCAACAUCGCGGCGUUCGGCGGCGACCCCGGCGCGGUGACGCUGUUCGGCGAGAGCGCCGGCGCGGCCUCGGUGGGGCUGCACCUGCUCUCAGGGGGCAGCGGGGCCUGUUCCCGCGCCGUGCUGCAGAGCGUCCCCAACGGCCCUUGGGCCACGGUGGCGCCGCCGAGGGCCCGGCGGCGGCCGGCUGGGCCGGCUGGUGGGUGCGGCGGCCGCGCCGGCGGCGCGGUGACCAACGAGACGGAGCUGCUGUCCUGCCUGCGCGCGCGCGCGCCGCAGCUGGUGGAGCACGAGGCGGCCGUGCUGCCCCAACAGGGCGUCUUCCGCUUCGCCUUCGUGCCCGUGGUGGACGGGGAGUUCCUCGCCGACACCCCCGAGGCGCUGCUGGGCGCGCCGGGCCGCGCCGAGGCCGAGGUGCUGCUGGGCGCCGUGCAGGACGAGGGCACCUAUUUCUUGGUGUACGGCGUGCCGGGCUUCGGCAAGGACAACGAGAGCCUGAUCAGCCGCGAGGAGUUCCUGGGCGGCGUCCGGCUGGGCGUGCCGCAGGCCAACGAGCUGGCGGCCGAGGCCGUGGUGCUGCAGUACACGGACUGGCUGGACCAGGACAACCCGGUGAAGAACCGCGAGGCGCUGGACGACAUCGUGGGCGACCACAACGUGGUGUGCCCGCUGAUGCACUUCGCGCAGCGCUGGGCCGAGCGUGGCGGAACCGUCUUCGCCUACCUGUUCGAUCACCGCGCCUCCAACCUGCUGUGGCCGCCGUGGAUGGGCGUCCCGCACGGCUACGAGAUCGAGUUCGUCUUCGGGCAGCCGCUGAACCCCGGGCUCAACUACACGGCCGAGGAGGAGGCGCUGAGCCGGCGCAUCAUGAGAUACUGGGGGAACUUCGCCCGCACCGGGGACCCCAACGAGCCGUCGGAGCGCGCGCGGCGCUGGCCGUCCUACACGGCGGCGGGGCAGAGCUACGCCCGGCUCAACGCGCGGCCGCUCGCCGUGGCCCAGGGCCUGCGCGCCCAGGCCUGCGCCUUCUGGACACGGUUCCUGCCCAAACUGCUCAACGUCACCGGGCCCAUGGAGGAGGCGGAGCGGCAGUGGCGCCUGGAAUUCCAUCGCUGGAGCUCGUACAUGAUGCGCUGGAAGAGCCAGUUCGAGCUCUACAGCCGCCAGGAGCGCUGCCAGCCCCUGUAGGGCACCCCAAAACCACCGGGGCACCCCAAAAUCCAUCCGGGACCCCCAAAAUCCAUCCAGGAACCCUAAAAUCCACCUGGGACACCCCAAAAUCCAUCCGGGAACCCCAAAAUCCAUCCAG